AUGCAGUCACAGCCCAAUGGGCUCGGCCCGCCUUUUGCGUAUGCGAACGCCCCGACUUCAAUGCCUUCUGGACUCAUGCCGGACCACCAACAGUACAUGAAUCAUGACUCGAACUUGUCAACUCCCGGCAUCUCACCCACUCAUGCAUCUGCGGCGGCCAUGUCUGCGCAGCAGAAGCGGGCCUAUCGACAGAGGCGCAAGGAUCCAAGUUGCGAUGCGUGCAGGGAGCGCAAAGUCAAGUGCGAUGCGACUGACACCUCCAGCUGCUCGGAGUGCUCCAGUCGUGGUGUCAAGUGUCAGUUCACCAAGGAGACCAACCGUCGAAUGUCCUCCAUCAAGCAAGUGCAAGAUCUGGAAAAGCAGUUGUCCAUGGCCAAACAGCAAAUUGGCCAAUUGCGUGGAAUGCUGCAGGAUGGGAGCAGUUCUGACGCGCCACGGGUGCCGGCGUUGAAUCUUCCAGAUGAGAACGUUCCAAAAGAGCGGCGGCCUGCUCCUCCCAUGCUAGAAGGCUUCGAGGAUGUUCGCAACAACAUUCGAACCCACAGCAAAGGCGUCUUCAAACUACCACCUCCGUAUCGACAAUACGGACCGCAACCCACAUAUCCAAAUCACUCUCAACCCCUUCCUCCGAAGCAUGUUGCGGAUCGUCUGAUGUCUCUCUACCACAGAACCAUACAUGUGUAUGCGCCUCACAUCCACUUUCCGACUUUCAUGCAGGAGUACGAAGAACUGUACCGCGUUGGCACGUUCGCACAAUGCCGCGACAUCUGGGUUGCUCUAUUCUAUGCUGUUCUCGCUUGCGGCACUCUCAUGGACAAUUCACCCAAGAGCUCUAUGGAGGAAUCUGAAGGUGGCAAAUUCAUGGACAUUUGUAUGAAGAGUAUCAACACGUGGAGCGAUGAAAUGACCGUCGACCAUGUACGCACGACUUUGCUUGUGAGCGUUUACUUUGCCGAGAUGAACAUGCAAACACCUGGAUGGAUAUGGUUAGGCACUUCAGUACGCGUGGCCCAAGACGUUGGUCUGCACAUGGAUCAAAGUUCUUAUCCUCCGAUGGAGAUGGAAAUGAGAAGAAGAGUAUGGUGGAGUGUUUACAGCUGGGAUCGAAUUUUCUCUCUCGAGAUUGGUCGACCGUUGCUUAUUGACGACAAUGAUUGCGAUGUGCCUGAGCCUGUACCUGUUGACGAUGAGUGCAUUAGGUCUAACGGGAUUGUCAUGCCACCGCCUGGCCAAUCAGCACCGAACGCGUUGAUGGCUGUCAUUCCCGUAGCGCGCAUGACAGCACAGCUGAAGCGAUCAUUGAAGUCGCAAACGGUAUCGGCGAACACACUGAUGAGUUACGACGAGCACUUCAAAUCCAUCAUGGCUACCUGGCCUGAGCCGUUCCCCAUCCACUCUCAAGCUCCUCUGGAUCCGCGAUUUCUCCUCGCAGGAUGCAGUCUGCAAGCAAAUCGUUUCUUCCUGUAUCGACAUAAUCUCUCCUCGGCAUGUCGGGCAAACGACAGACGAGAUGCGCUCGCCCGAUGUGUUUCCGUCGCGCAGGACACAGCGCAUUAUGUUCAGCGAACCAUGCAUCAUCCUUCGACUAAUCCUGGCCAGGGAUACUUUUCUCCUGCACACAUGUCGCAAUGGGCAGCUCUUGUCCGAACCUCGACACCAGCUUUCUUCUGUGUUCACUUGUGGAGAUGCCAGCUUGUCUUGUGUCUGAGGGGCGACUACGACUCAGCCCUUACGUUGGUGCACAUGUCUUCGGCUGUUGGAGAUCUGCGGAAAAUCAAUGUUGGCUGCGGGCGAUUCCUCGCCUUCUUCCUUGACAAGCUCGUCGGGAGACUGCGUGCUGGUGCAGCGCAACAAUCGAUCGAGAUGGACGAAGAAAUGCUGGCAUAUGCUAGUGGAGACAUGCAAGCCUGUCCCGAUGAUGCGUGGCUUUGGAGCGGCAGUGAAAGCGGCGCCAGCUUGCAGCAGCCUCAAACUGCGGCGAAUGGUCAUUCUGGAGACAGGCCCAUCUUGCAAGCCGAGCAGCUAUCUACAAGCACUCUGUCUGAGCGUGAGGCGCAGGAUUGGGGAGGAUGGGAGCAUGUUCAGCGAACUCUGACCCAGCUUUUGCAAGACCAACAACAGGGCCCACCUACUGGAAUGCAUCCGCAGCAGCAACAACCACCGCAAGGUCAAAUGGCUCCUGCAUACAUGGGUCCGCCGGCAAACCAGCAUUCACAUCUUGCCCCCCAUCCCCAACCUCCUCAGCCGUCGGUGUCACCCAAUCCUAGCAAUGGUGGGCCAGCGGGCAGCAGCAGGAUCAGUAUCAAGGACAUCAUGUGA